GCCACAGGAAGCCCUCUGCAUGUAGGGGGCCUGCUGCCAUUUGCCGCCGUUCUGGCUGGGCUCGAGCCGCCGUUUGGGCCGAUGGGAGGUGGCGCCUCCCGUCAGGUACAAUGCAGAUAGGGCUGCUGCUCCUCGUGCUGAGCGCAGCUGCGCAGAAGGAGCCGGGCAUCUUUCAGAAGCUCGCGGCAGCCGGCGAGGAUUUCCUGGGCAGAGCUGUAAAUGACUUCGGGGGCUGCGAUUGCGGCUGCUGCGUGGCCACGGAGCGCUUGGACCAGGAGCUGGAGCGCUCGGCGGAUGGCCGGUUGCUGCUGACACACAAGUGCGUUCACCCGAAUCCUUCGACCGAAGAAUGCCCCACCGAGUGCGUUGCCCGUGAUCGCAAGCACAAGUUGGAGGAGGACCAAUUCGUAGAGCCUGGCAGCGCCCUGGACUAUGCGCGCUACUGCUUCCACAACUGCAUCCCAGCCGUGAUGAUCAAUGGCGGGCAGUGCAUGCAGAGCUCGGCCUUGGCCGGCAACGCUACCGGCGACGGGCUGAAGAAGUUGUCCGACGAGAAGCCGUUGCUCCGGGAGGAGGCGGAGGCCGACGCCAAAGUGAAGGCCGCCGCGCAAGCGAAAGCAAAGGCGGAGGCGCAAGCAGAUGCUGCGGCGGAAGAGGAGGUGAAGCAGGUCACCUGGGACCUGCGGGGCAUCCGCGCGCAGCGCGCAGCAGCGGAGCGGGCGGCGGCGGAGGCGCGUGCCGCCUACAGCGCCGGGCGCACGAAGCUCCACACGCUGGAGCUGGCGCGAGCAACCAAGAUGCUGGACAGGGUUAAGAAGGCGGUGAGUGAGGAGGCCAAGAGCUACGAGCCCCACCUGAUGUCCGCCCAGGCUAAUGCCACUGCCGCGGGCGACAGCGCGGUGGAAGUCUAUAAUGUCUUCAAGAAGGCCAAGGCGCAGCUGCGCAAGGUGGGUGCCACUACCAGGCAGCUGGCCGAGAAGCUCAUCCCGGAGGCCGCGGCGGCGGCGGCGAAGUCGGAGGCGGCCAGCUACGUGGCGCGGAUGCACUUUGGGGAGCCGGGCUUCCGACGCCAGGCAGCGGACGCUGCGGCGCUGCCCUACGUCACGGCGGUCGCCACAGGCGCGCAGCGGGCGGCCCAGUACCGCCAUGCCGCGGAGGCGGCGGAGCUCGAUGCGCGAGAGGCCCAGGUGGACAUGGACGCCGCGGAAAAGGAGGCUGAAGCUCUGGCAAAGUCUGGAGAAAGGGUGGCUGUGGGCAUGAAGAAGCGUGAAGCCGCAGCGCUGCGGCACAAGGCGCAGGAUGCUGAGGCCUCCGCGGCGAGGUCACGCGCCACUGCUGAGAAAGCGCUGGAAUCAGCUGCUGCCUGGCAGAAGGCGGCCCAAGAGGUUGUGGAACAUAGCGCCUACAUGUACGACCUCUCAGUGGCCAAGUCCUCGACGCUGCCUCCCAUUGUCGCGCUGCCGCCGCCGGCAGCCGUGUGAUGAAGACAUCCUCGAGCAA